AUGAACGAGUGGUACGGGCAAGUGCAUGAGCUCAUCCUCAAAGAGUCCGUGACCCGGGAGAACAUCGCGGGCGCGGUUGCGGGCUGCCAAACCAUCCGCCCACGCGAGGGCAUGUUCGACUUCCUGCGAAGCUGCCAGGAGCAUGUGCCGGCGAUCCCCGUGAUCAUCAUGUCCGCCGGCCUCGGCGACGUCAUCGAGGAGUUCCUCCGGCAGACGCUGCCCUUCGAGCGGGCCCCAACGACGCACGUGGUCUCCAACAGGAUGGUCUUCAACGAGGAAGGGCGGCUAGUCGACUUUUCGGAGCCCCUCCUCCACAUGUUCAACAAGACGGCCGCGUUCUUGCCCGAGGCCUGCAGAGAGCUGGCGAAGGGCAAGCGCCAGUGCCUCUUGAUGGGCGACGGCGUGGGCGACUGCACCAUGGCUAACGGCCUGGAGGUCGAACCGUUCAAGAUUGGCUUCUUGAACGAGAAGAUCGAGGAGAGGAUGCCAGAGUUCCAGCAGAAGUUUGACGUCGUAGUGACCGGGGACGCGCCGGUGCCGGAGCUUGCGUUUCGGGCCAUUGGUGGCCGUGUAUGA